UCGUGAAUCACAAAGUUAACAUCAUAUUCAUCUCUUCUCAUCUCUCACAAAGAAAACAAAAACAUGAAGUUCUUCGUUUCAGUUGCAUUGUUCUUUCUCUUCUUAAACUGUUUCGCUACCGCGCAAACUCUUAUUCAAGAUUCUUGCAAAACAGCUGCAAAAGACCCUACUCUCAAUUAUGAUUUUUGCGUCCAGUCUCUUGAACAAGAUCCACAGAGCAAAACCGCAACUACUCUAAAAGGAUUGGUCUUAGCAUCAACUACUAACGCUGAGUCCAAAACAACUAAUGUGAAAGGGAUAGUUGAGACUAUUCUCAAGAACAAAACGUAUCCACCGGGUUCUGAAUCUGCGUUAAGCACUUGCGUAGAGCUUUAUGACGAUGCUAAUAAUUCUUUAAAUGAAGCUUUGAUGAACGUUAAAUCCGGCGAUUACAAAAGUGCUAAUAUAGAUCUGAGUGCUGCUUUGGAUGCACCGGGCACUUGCGAAGAUGGUUUCAAAGAGACGCACGAGAAAUCUCCCGUUACGAACGAAAACAAUGAUUUGUUUCAGAAGAUUGUGAUUCCUUUAGUUUUUACAAAUAUGCUCUGAUGAAAUUACCAUAACUUCUUGUAUUAUGUGAUAUGAAUUUUCCUUUAUCUAAUAAUAAAUAAUAGCAAAGGAACAUUAUUUUA